AUAGGAAAGGGGUGUUACAUGCAUUUUUAGGGUACUAACUUGGGUUCUUUGUGCUUUCACAAGUCUUUCUGUUUCUGUACCCCUCCUUUAGAAAUGGUUGGACGGUCAGCACUGUGUCGGUCCACCCUGGACAGUUUUGUUCUGCAGCACUAUCCAUCUUCCUAGUCAUCAUGGUUCUGAAGUCCCCCUGGCUGCGGUGUUGGCAUAGAGCCUGAGCAGGCUCAGAGUGGCAGUGACCUCUUCCCCUGUCUGAUCUAGAACCUCGGAUCUGGCCCUCUGAGGCACAGCCACUUAGCCAGACAGCCCUGGGGAGUCUGGGAGGUUAUUUGCGAGAGGGCCUAGGAGUCAUGUUGCAGGUAAACUGGUACCUGGGAUCAGGGUACUUAGAAUUUUGUAAUCAGCUUGGCUGGGUGUACCAGGUUCUCAUGGUGACUGUGACCACUCCAGGUUAUGGGAGUUACCCCUAAAAUCUCAUCAUUUCCCAGCCCACCCAAAGGACAGACCUGAAGGUGGUACAUACUAUUUACAAACUAAUGUACCACUUUCCUUUAUAAAACGACUUUCUGUCCUCCCCCAUUCUGCUUGUUCCUCAUGAUUUGAACUUGAACUUAUGGCCUAUUGUCCUCUCUUUUUCCUUGAGUUUCUCCCAAGCUGGUUUUAGCUUGGUGGCGCAAGUAAGAGAAAGAUCUAUUAUGUGUGCCUUCCCUUGUGUGUUUGCAUGUGUGCACCUGUGUGUGCUGACACCCACUCUGCAGAGACAGCCCAGCCCAGACCACAGGACCUGGAUCCACCUCUACCCUGAGCUGAAAGAGAAAUCUUGGCUGGGCUGGACCCUGGCAUGAGACAGGGAAUGGAGAAGUUGAGGUUCAGAUAUAUCUAGCUGAAAUCUCUGGGGCAGGAUGCAGUUGUCUUUAUCCUCUCAUGUGUUUUCAUAUACAUGUAACCAUCCUUGACUCCCCACACUUCUAUCUCCCCAUUGGUAGAGCCCCUGGAGAAGCAGUGCCUCCAGCUGGAUCUUCCCCCCUGGCAGUUCUUUACCAGUCUUGCCUGGAAGUAGAGCCUUAUCUGGGUGGCCUGGACUAAAAUAGGGCCUCUUUGAAAUAUUCUCACCUUUCCCCUUUGUCCACCCUCCAACCCCUGUGAACCUUGUGAACAGAGGGUUGAAGAAACGUGUUUUGCACAUGGCUGGUAGCUGUGAAUCUUGGUGUCUCUGGACUCUGUGCUAGCACAUCAUGGCAGAAUUGCUCUGGAUCCCUCAGAGCUGCAGGGCGAGUUACCAGCCACCCAGGAUGGGUACAGACACACCAGACUACCUGAGGGACUAGGAUUUGCCCUGCCUCUCCUCUGGCAGCAGAGCAUGAGAAUGGGGCUGCAGUGAGGUACUUCUUAGUUCCUUAAACUCACCAUCUGUACCUGACACACACUGUUCUAUUUAACCUAAAGGCAUAUCAAACUACCCGCAUGAGCCCCCUCAUUGUGACUGAUUCUGGCAUCCAAAUGCCUAAUUCUUCAAAACUAAAGAAACCAAGAGACAGGAAGGCUUGAGCCAUGAACUACCUGCCUUGAGAAUCAUGGACCCUCAAUCAGCUACAGGUCCUCGGGAUCUCCUUCCACAGCCUCUGCUCCACAUUCUGCCAUUUCUGAGCUUCCCCUCCACCUCAGCCUCUCUUCCCCUACUUUGCUCUGCCAUGCCACUAGCUUGCAGCAUCUAACUACUAGGUCUCGGAUGAUCCUGAACUGCUGCUGUUACCGGCAAAGCUUCAUGACAUCCUCACCGCCAGAGAGGAAAGGGUCCCAAGCUCUCCUUUCUCUUGGGGAGGAGCUGACAAGCACAAGUGUGGAGCACAUCAUUGUCAAUCCCAAUGCUGCCUAUGACAAGUUCAAAGACAAGAGAGUGGGAACAAAGGGACUUGAUUUCUCAGAUCGAAUUGGAAAAACCAAGAGAACAGGAUAUGAAUCUGGAGAAUAUGAGAUGCUUGGAGAGGGUCUGGGAGUGAAGGAGACACCCCAGCAGAAGUAUCAGAGACUACUACAUGAGGUCCAAGAGCUGACAACUGAAGUUGAGAAAAUCAAGACGACAGUGAAGGAGUCAGCCACUGAGGAGAAGCUGACCCCUGUGGUGCUGGCUAAACAGCUGGCAGCCCUGAAGCAGCAGCUUGUUGCUUCCCAUCUGGAGAAGCUGCUGGGACCAGAUGCCGCAAUCAACCUGACUGACCCCGAUGGAGCUCUGGCUAAGCGUCUACUGCUGCAGCUGGAAGCGACAAAGAACAGCAGAGGGGCUGGUUCAGGGGGAAAGACCACCAGCGGGACCCCCCCAGAUAGCAGCCUUGUCACUUACGAACUACAUUCUCGGCCUGAGCAGGACAAGUUCUCUCAAACUGCCAAAGUGGCAGAACUUGAGAAGCGCCUAACAGAGCUGGAAGCAACUGUACGCUGUGAUCAGGAUGCUCAGAAUCCCCUUUCUGCAGGUUUGCAGGGAGCCUGCCUUAUGGAGACUGUAGAGCUCUUGCAGGCAAAGGUGAGCGCCCUUGACCUUGCAGUUUUGGACCAAGUGGAGGCUCGGCUACAGAGUGUCCUGGGGAAGGUGAAUGAGAUUGCCAAGCAUAAAGCUUCUGUAGAGGAUGCAGACACACAAAGCAAGGUGCACCAGCUGUAUGAAAUCAUACAGCGCUGGAGCCCCAUCGCCUCCACCCUUCCUGAGCUGGUGCAGAGACUUGUCACCAUCAAGCAGCUGCAUGAACAAGGUGGGAGGCCAGCUGCCAGGGGUGCUAUGCAGUUCGGUCAGCUUCUGACACACUUGGAUACCACACAGCAGAUGAUUGCUUGUUCCCUCAAGGACAACGCCACCCUCUUGACCCAGGUGCAGACAACGAUGCGCGAAAACCUGUCCACAGUUGAGGGGAAUUUUGCCAACAUUGAUAAACGGAUGAAGAAGCUGGGAAAGUGAGCACCUUUGGGAGGUGGAGAACAGGGGUAACCUGUACCCCUUCAAACUCCGUUAACACCUGACACAGGGUUUCCCCUUAAUCAUAACUCUUGCAACCCCAUCCCAUUUGACACUGGGGGCAAGGGGAUCUUCUUGCAUGUGGGGCUUACUCCCCUCCUCUGAAGAGUAGAGUGGUAGCUGGGGGGUGUUAGAUGGUCUCCCCUCAGGCCACAGAGAUGAGGAUGUGGGUCCAGCCACAUGCCAGCUCCUGUCCAGUACUGCUUUGCCUGGUGUGGGGAAGGACUGGGUCGUGUCCUCCAGCACAAUUUCUGUGGCUGACUGUAAUACUGUACAACUGUUUCUGACCAUUAAAUGCUGUUGUACUCUG